ACCGCCGACUGCAGGUAGAACGCCAAUAACAUGGUGCCUCAGCGACUUGUCUGUUUACGCCAAGAAACGGGGAACAGAUAGUUGCUGGAAAACGUUUAAAUGUGGUUGUUUUGCUUUGUAAACCGCGCAAAGCUAUUUUAGAGUGUUUUAUUAUUUAUUUUAAAAUUUGAUUUCACAUUUUCGGUUAUGGGAUUGCUUGUGUACUGAUGUGUCACUUGUCCCAAUGGAAAGGGGGCUUCGCUUUGGCAACGUGGGCAUAUCCCUUGUGCUGUUGUUGAUGCUGAGAGCUGUGAGUGUGACAACUGUGCAGUUGAACUCUCUGUCCCGGACAGAGCUGGAGACAGCAGACACGGUGAUGGAGAGCAGCAUCGGGGACGCCACGGUGGAGGACGACGAGAGCAGCUCGGCUGGAGACAGCGAGGAACCUGCCGGAGACAGCGACACAAACUUCCACCAACACGGCAGAAGCUUGGUGAUCAUCAGCACACUGGAUGGGCAGAUUUCGGCUCUGGAUCCUCUGAAUCACGGGCGCAAGCAGUGGGACUUGGACGUGGGCUCUGGCUGCCUGCUGUCAUCCAGCUUCAGCAAACCAGAGGUGUUUGGGAACAAGAUGUUAAUCCCGUCUCUGGAUGGAGGUUUGUUUCAGUGGAACAGGGACAGGGAGAGCAUGGAGGCCGUCCCAUUUAGUGUGGAUUCCCUGCUCGACUCUUCUUACCGUGUCGGAGAGGACACCGUGCUGGUGGGAGGAAAAUCGCUCACUACCUACGGCCUGGGAAUCUAUAGUGGCAAGCUGAAGUAUAUCUGUUCGGCCGUGGGCUGCAGUCAUUGGGGAGAGGAAGAGGCCGAGCCAGAAGACAUGCUGUUACUGCAGAGAACACAGAAGACGGUCAGAGCUGUGACCCCUCGCAGCGGCUUUGAGAAGUGGAACUUCAGUGUGGGAAACUUUCAGCUAAAGUUUGUUCCAGAGACUGAUACACAGCUCAGCUUUCUGGAAGGGGAAACGGCCAAUAAGGAGGCGUGGCAUGAACUGCAACGUGAUGGGCCGCGUGUGAUCCUGGAAGAAGCAGAAGCGCACGGUCAAAACCACGCUAACGCGCGCGUACAAACAGAAGGCCUAGACUUAGUGCUCAAAGUGUCUAUUCCAGACUGGAAGGUUAUGGCGUUUAGCAGUGGACCCGGAGGACAGCUCAUCUGGGAGCAUCAGUUCUGCACACCCAUUGCCUCAGCCUGGUUGGUCGGAGGGGGAAAGGUGACCCCUAUCAGUCUGUUCGAUGACACCUCUUACACCGUCCAACCAGAGAAUGAGAUUCAGGAGGAGGAUGACGACCUCGUGGAGGAGGCGCGAGGAGCCACAGAGUCGAGUAUUUAUCUAGGGAUGUUUCAAAAGCAGCUAUAUUUACAGUCUUCGGUUCGAAUGACCGAGAAGUUUCCAUCUAAGCCCAAAGCCCUGGACAGCCACCACUCAGGGAGAGACAUCAUUCCUCCUCCCACUGUCAAAUGGAAGCCUCUUAUCCACUCUCCUUCUCGCACUCCGGCUCUUGUGAGGUCAGAGGAGUUCGAUAAGUGUUUGAAGAACGACAAAUUUUCCUAUGAGGAGUACAGCAAUGGUGCUCUUUCUAUACUACAAUAUCCUCACGAUAAUGGGUACUACUUCCCAUACAGUGCACGGUACCGUGGUCGGCGAGAGGUGACCGCAGUGAGCAUAUUGCAUAAAGGUGAGCCUGGCAGGAUGAGGAGGAAGGACCCAGUGCUACUUCUGCCAUGGUGGAAGGAGAUCUUGGGCACCAUCAUCUUUUGCAUUGCUGCUACCACGUACAUCGUUCGCAAGUUCUUCCAUCCACAAACAACGUACAUGCGGCAGCGGAAGGAGUCUGAGACACAGUGUCAGACAGACACCAAGUUUGAGCCGGACGCCAACGAACUCAGGGAGGCAGUAACAGACACUCGGCCCAGUGAAUACGUGUCCAGGUACCUGACAGACUUUGAACCAGUGCAGUGUUUAGGGCGCGGUGGUUUCGGAGUCGUGUUUGAGGCACGGAACAAAGUAGACGACUGCAAUUAUGCCAUCAAGAGGAUCCGCUUACCCAACAGGGAAGUGGCCCGUGAAAAGGUGAUGCGGGAGGUAAAGGCCUUAGCUAAAUUGGAGCACCCGGGUAUCAUCCGUUACUUCAAUGCUUGGCAGGAGAGCCCACCUCAGGGCUGGCAGGAGGAAAUGGAUCGACGCUGGCUUAAAGAUGCCAGUGUUACUGAUUGGCUGCUGAGCAGUCCUGACCACAUGGAGGCGUUCUCUGUGAAGGUGCCCGUCUCCACUCCCUCUCCUCUGGAUUUGCGGUGCGAGUGUGAGGCUGGUGCUAAUGUCGGUGCGCUCGCGCAGGAUCACGUGUGCGUGGAUGGUUUGGUGAUGGACAGCAUGAUGUCGGAUCAGGACAGCCAUGCCGAUGUUGAGCCCGACCUGGAACUCUCGGGAUCCCCACAUUCUUUUGAGCUCUGUCCUCCUCGCACAGUGGCCCAUAACGACUGCACCUCUUCUUCCUUUGACAUCGUUUUUGAAGACUCUGGUUGCGAUCAGCGCGACAAUGACGCAGAGCUCAGCCAUUCCACACCAGUUCAGAUGCCGUGCCCUUCUCACUCGACUUCCAGAUCUCAUCGCGCUGCAUCUUCAGGCCCGUUAUCUUUCUCUCCUCCUCGGCCGACGUCUCUGAAGCUGCCACCGCAAGCUCCCGCUCCUGCUCCUCGGCCGGCCCUGACGCCCAAAGUCUACCUGUACAUCCAGAUGCAGCUGUGCAGAAAGGAGAACCUGAAGGACUGGAUGGCACAGCGCUCUCAGCCUGAACUCCGAGAGCACUCGCAGUGUCUCGAAAUCUUUUUGCAGAUCGCCGAAGCUGUCGACUUCAUCCACAGCAAGGGACUUAUGCAUCGAGACCUAAAGCCCUCUAAUAUCUUCUUCACGCUGGACGAUGUAGUGAAAGUUGGGGACUUCGGGCUGGUGACUGCUAUGGAUCAGGAGGAAGACGAUGAUGAGGAAAUAAACACCCUCACCCCUAUGCCAGUUUACGCUCGCCACACUGGCCAAGUGGGCACUAAACUCUACAUGAGCCCAGAACAGUUGUCAGGGAACUCGUACUCUCAUAAAGUGGAUAUUUACUCUCUGGGGUUGAUCCUGUUUGAGCUGCUCUGCCCAUUUCGCACACAGAUGGAGAGAGUCAGAACUCUCACCAAGGUCCGGGAGCUGAAGUUUCCUACUUCCUUUUGUAAAAGCAAUGUUCUGGAGGCUCAGAUGGUGCGCUCUAUGCUCUCGCGUGUUCCUGCCGAGCGGCCCGAAGCGUCCGAGAUCACCGAGACGCCACUGUUUCAGGAGCUCGAGGUGCCCUGCAGAAUCAGGCCACGCUCGCGAACGUACAGCGCCUCAUCCAUGGGCCGGCCUUCACGAUCGUUAUCCAGCUCCAGUUAAAACACAGACAUGUCCGCUGAGCUCUCUCUCACCCUCUCUCAGCACCUCAGUUGGAAGCAAACCGAUUUUUUAUUUAUGAGGAGGUGUUUCUCGCAAUUUAAGCACACGCUAUAAUCUCAGUCUUUAUCGCUAGAACACAUGAGACAUUUUAGCUUCUCGGUCAUUCCAUCUCGAGCACAAACCCACACACAGACGCCUACCCACAAUGUCUCUGCCUCUCGCCUCACUGCAUCGACUUUUCUUUACUGUCAAGGUCAGCCUCAUGGCCUUCUCCCAUCCUUUACAAGUUAAAAAAAAAAACGUUCACAGACAUUCACUCAGGAGAGAAGAUGCUAACCAAACUGCUUGACUCCUCGCCGGUCAGCUCAGAUUCUGAAGCUCCGCGCUGGACGCAUCAUCAUCUUUACCUCAGUUGCUCUUCCAUAUCGCGCACGAUCAUUGAAUUUGUUGUCUGGAAAUUUUACAGUGCCGAAUGAAGGAAAGCUGAUUAGUGAGGUGUUUUGGAACGCAGGUUGCUCUUUUUAUUAUUAUUUUUUAUUUAUUUUUUUUUAAAUAGGAAGUUGCACAGGAUUGGCUUCCUAUGAACUAAAGCUACAUUAUUUGUAAGGAUCUGUCGAUUUUUCUCAUUCCUACUGUAAAUAGACCUAAACUCCAAAAGAGUGUGAGAAACUUGUUAAUGGUGCAUGAUGGAAACUGAAGACAUGGUUUGUUGGGCACAGAAGCCUUUCACUGGCACUUGGUGACUGUGUAUCUGCCUUAGUAACAGAAUAGUAGACAAUUCUGACAACUUUUUCAAUUGUGCUGAAGGAAUAUGCGAAUAUUGAAUGAUUGCUUGAUUUGCUUUCUGACAGAAUGAUUAGAAUCAAAGAGAGGUUGUUUUUUUUUUUUUUUUUGUUUGUUUGGUUUUUUUUUUGAAACUGUACGUGUAAAGAUGAUGGUGUAUAAUACUUUUUCUUUAAUACCAAAAAAAAAAAAAAACGGGUUUUGUACUCUCUCUUAAAAUGACUUUCCUUUUUAGGACUUCCAGAUGAUAGUGACUGACGAGGAAACCUCAUCCACACGUGUAACACGCACCCUUUUAAAAUCACCGUUUAUAGGUUUGUUUCCAUAAAGGAUUUUUGAUGGAUGGGAAUGAUGUAUGAUUUUUUUUUUUUCUCUCUGACAGUUUCUGCAUACAUUGUCCGUUAAGAUUUGAAUUGUGAUAAAAUCUCAAGAUAUAAGCUUAGACCUUGAGAGUGUGGAGGUAGAUUGGCUCUUUAUUGAUAUGCGAGUAGUCUCCUUUUGUUUGUGUGUGUGGAGAGAGAGAGAGAGAGUGAGAGUUAGUUUGGAGUGUGCACAGCUCUCAUAUGACUAGUGCAGAAAGGAUAUCGGGGUUAAUUGUUAAUCACACUCAUACAGACCUUUUAGCAAGAUCUUCAGAACAUGCCUCACCUUUCACCCUUAUACAGCUUUUGAGGUUCCUUCUGAGCUUCAGCUCAUCUACAGUGUUUUAUUUAAUUUAUUUACUUUUUUACGGUGAAUCUGUUCAUUUUCUGUGGCCAUAGAACAAGGUUUUCUAUCGAUUAAGCUGUCCCUUAGUCCACAACUGUGACCAGUUCAUGUUAAUAAUUGCAUUGACCAAGUUCAGACUUGAAUUAUUCAUUAAUACGUUGCUGUAAUUCGAUUAUUUCGCUAUCUGUCCGGUUUCAGACGCCGUUGCGUUUGCUGUGACGACUGUUUUUUUGUUUUUCCUGUAACGAUUCCUGUUCUGAUUCAAUGCUCCGUCGGUUUUCCAGACUGUCCCCUGUAACCUGUAAUCUUUGGGCACAAUCCUUUCUCCUUUUGUCCUUGUAAAUAUGUUCUUGUUUUUUUUUUGUUUCUUUAUGUUCUUUGCAGAAUCAAUCCUUUUGGGUUGGUGAUGAUGUAUAAAUGCACUUCAUGCAAUGAAGUGUGUUGAAAUAUUGUGACUUCUUACAAGUCAAAAUUGAAUAAAUAUUCUAUGAACUUUGGUAAAAAAAAAUAAAUAAAAAAAAGGUUGUUUUA